CCGAUCCGCAAUCAUGGCAGGGAAAAGAUUUGUGCGGUGUCGGAAAUAAGUGAAGAGGACGUCUGUUGUUUGUUGAUAUUUUCCUCCGUUGUUAACGCAGCGCGGAAUGAAACCAAGAGGCAUGCAAAUAUUUUUUGGUGCAGGGCUUCACUUUAUCCUUGGGCAUGGAUUUCGAAUUGGAAUGUCCAAAUGACGUCUAAUUUAUUCUUUCAGCCUAGACAGAGUAGAGCAAAGUGCGUGGCUAGCAACUAGGAUAGCUUCUGUCUAUCCAGCUAACUUCAUUACUGUACUUUAAAAAAUAUAUAUAUCUAUAUAUAUAUGAAUAGUCUGAUACCGUUAUCUAGCUAACUUUUUCCCAGUUUACUCGUUAACUUAUUUGCAACUUGUGUCUGUGUCGAUGCCUCUCGACAGUCUUAAACAUUCUGCUAUUCUUUCAACUUUGUUUAAAAUGGCAGACGACAUAGAAUUGAUAGGAGCUUCUGAAUUUAUAAAAGAUCGAUUAUAUUUUGCUACCCUAAGAAGCAAACCAAAAAGCACUGCAAACAAGCACUACUUCUGCACGGAUGACGAAUUUAUCUAUGAAAACUUCUAUGCAGAUUUUGGACCCCUCAACCUAGCCAUGCUGUAUAGAUACUGUUGUAAACUCAACAAAAAGCUGAAGUCCUUCACACUGACCAGAAAGCGACUCGUACACUACACCAGCUUUGACCAGCGGAAAAGGGCCAACGCUGCUGUUUUAAUCGGUGCCUAUGCUGUCAUCUACCUGAAGAAGACUCCAGAGGAGGCCUACAGGGCUCUGAUCUCAGGCUCCAAUUCUUCAUACCUUCCCUUCAGAGACGCCUCAUUUGGAAGUUGCACAUACAACCUGACUAUUCUCGACUGCUUACAAGGAAUCCGGAAGGCCCUGCAGCAUGGAUUCUUUGACUUUGAGACGUUUGAUGUGGACGAAUACGAGCACUACGAGCGAGUGGAAAAUGGAGACUUCAACUGGAUCGUGCCUGGGAAAUUUCUAGCCUUCAGUGGACCCCAUCCCAAAAGUAAAAUAGAAAAUGGUUACCCUCUUCACGCUCCAGAAGCAUACUUCCCUUACUUCCGACAGCACAACGUUACCUCGGUCGUCCGGCUCAACAAGAAGAUCUACGAUGCCCAGCGCUUCACGGAUGCCGGCUUCGACCACUACGACCUGUUCUUCGUAGACGGCAGCACGCCAAGCGACGUCAUCACCCGCCGCUUCCUGCACAUCUGCGAGAGCACCGACGGAGCCGUGGCCGUCCACUGCAAAGCUGGCCUUGGGCGUACAGGCACUCUCAUAGGCUGUUACCUGAUGAAGCACUACCGCUUUACAGCAGCAGAGACCAUCGCCUGGAUCAGGUUCUGCCGACCAGGCUCCGUCAUCGGCCCCCAGCAGCACUUCCUGGAGGAGAGGCAAGCAGCCAUGUGGAUGCAAGGAGACGUGCAGCGUUCGCAACCGAAGCAGCCGAGGGGCGUGUCUCGCCUCACCUCCAGCAUGGAUGACCUCGCCCUCGGCCCCACCCACACCACCAUCACCACCAGCCCUGCUGGCAUCCUCAAGUCCCACAGCAUCGACCGCCUCCAAGAGAACGACUACAUUGGAGAAAACGGGCUCUGCAUGACCCAAGGAGAUAAACUGCGUGCCUUAAAGGGCCGGCGCCAGCCCAGGUCGGCCACAACGGGAGCCCUAAGACUUGAAGACAUGAAAAUGCACACCAGGUCACCGUCCCAACCUUUUAGCAGGAUGAACCUCGGAGUGGGCACUCAGGGCACCAUCUCCCCUCUCAAGUCCUCCAAAGUCCCAUCAUCCUCUGCUUCGGCCAGCGCCAAGAGAAUUGGCGGCAGCUCCUCCUCCUCGGCGUCCAACCUCAAGAGCUCCUCCAUCAACUCCAGGCUAGCCAGCUCCCUAGGCAACCUGUAUGCAGCCAACGGCGGUGAGGACAAUAAGAAGCCGCCUUUCGUUCCCACUUCAUCACCACCCUCCUCUUCAAGCUCGUCCAUCGUCACCAUCACUCCAUCGGGCCGGACGGCUCCUGGUUCCUGCUACGUGGCUAAUGGCACGCUUGGCACCAAUUACCACCACCAAGAGGCCAACAACAAUCAGUAUAAUUCCUCCCCCGCCGGGAUCUUCAGCCACGGUGGCCUCGCGGGGGCCCCACACCAUGCUGCAGGCAGGCUGGGGCCCGGGCCUGAGGUGUAUGGCCCCUACAGAUCCCAAAAACGGGGCUACUCCGGCCUGAGCAGACCCUCUGGCCGCUACCUCAGUCGCUCAAUCCCCUCCCUUCAAUCUGAAUAUGUUCAAUACUAAAGCGCUGGUUCUGCGUUGACCAAGACCAGACAGACACCUUGACACUGGACCUCUGACCUGGAUGGGAUGGAGUCUCCCACCCCCUUUUUUUUCUCUCUCAAUAUCUCCCCCACUCUCUCCCGCAUACUGAAAGGAAAAUUAAUAAACCGUGGCAUCUGAAUGGGUGUGGUCUUUGGAGACAGGCACAUCGACAGCCACAAACUCCCAAGGGCUCAUGGAACUUUGAGUUUUGGGCUUCUUCUGUCUGCUUCAGACGGCCUCGAUCCACCCUAACUGCAGUCACUGUUUGGAUAAUGCUUACAAAGGGCGAUUUGUUUACCUAGCUUUUGUCUUUUAUUUUUUGUUUCUGGCGAGCUAUAAUUAGGCGUGGCCAGGCUGUGACUAUGUGAGUGCUCUUUCUUUAAAGCUGAGAUCCGGCCAUAUACAGUAGGUUCUAGGCUUUCCUGCGUCACAUAUCUGUUUUCUUUUAUAUGUUUAUGUGCUAAUACUGUAUACACAACACAUGACUUGUACUGGGGGGGAAAAAUGUAUUUUCUUUUUUAGACGAGAAAGGAUUUUAUACAUGAAAUAUGACAAUUUUGUUGCCUGGAUAAAGAAAUGUUUAUUUAGAAGUGGGUUAAAGAACAUGUUUUGGUUUAUGACAAUUCUAUUUUUGUCUCUUGAGUGUAACUACUUCACUAACAAUAUAUCUAGAUCAAAAUAUGUGAAAUUAAUGGAGAGGCGGCGUACGGUAUUUUGCGAGCCGAGUUCCUUAUCAACAAAGUAUUUACAGGACCAGGCUCAGGGUAAAGUGCUCUCCUAUUUACGAUUGUGUUUUGUGCGUGCGUGACGGUGUACGUCCGUGUGUAGUAGCAUCUACGUACCAUAGACUAUGAGAAUAUGUAUGUAUGUGCCCAUGUGAGCGAGUGUUUGCGCGCGUGCAUGAAAGAGGUUGAGUGGUGACCGUGUGUGUAGGGGGUUGUCUAGAGAUCAUGUGUGCAGUCCUCUGGUGAUGGGAUCAAGCGAAGAGAUGUGAAUGGAAGAGAAUUACAUAUAGGGAAGAAAUGAAUGCUGUCUCUUCACUAUUCUAAAAAUAUUUUUUGUUUGUUUUGAUUAAAUCAAUUCAAUCGACGGGUGGGUUUUGGUACCCCCUUUUCAAUUGGAACUAAUUAAUAAUGUUCUCCUCUGUUGCAAGCCUACAGGAGAUUUGCAUAUAAAUGGGACAACGAUAGUAUUUAUCCUAUCAUGAUAUGAUAACUAAAGUCAUACCUUCAACCAGCGUUGUGUAGGCCUUGUGACUAUGUACUGUAUGCUUAGCAUGACGAACUAAACGGAUGAUUCAAACCCGUGGUCAUUACUAGAGGAAAUUUGAGUUGUGGUGUUGGACUGACACCACACAAGCCUCAGUCCCUACAGUAUACUGUUCAUGCCAGGCAGCUCAGCAACCCUCUCCACAGACACUGCACUCCACAGACACUGCAAUCAUGCUCUUUUUAAAGGGAAAAUGUUUGAUUUUAAUGAGCAGAUUUUCAGUGUUAUUCGGCCCACAUUGACUCGCUGUAGAUUACGAAACUUGAUUCGUGGCAGCCUAUUUUUAAACACACACACACUACUGUAGAACCAAUUAUGUUUGUUGUUUUAUAAUUAAGGCGCAGUGGAAGUUCAUCGCUAUUACUGAAAUAUUUCCAUGUUGUGUGUCGUGUUUGUGUUGAAUGUAAAAACAAGUCAGAGACUUUUUUUUCCUGGCUUGUGUGUAUUAUAAUUAGUUCAGCUUGUAGAUGGCGAGAACUUUUCAGCUUUGCAGGUAGAGGUUCCUAAAAAAAAUUGAAAAGCACAACUGUCCCCCAAAAAUGCUUUCUUUAGAAUGUCAUAUUGGGUGCACAAUGCAGCGGUCAUUAUCAAAGCUGGUUUUCUACCAAUGAGUAUGGCAUACUGUGGCCCAACUAAGUACAUUUUUCUGUUGGACCUUGUAACAAUGGAUCCAUAUAUUUGGAUGCUUCUUAUUUUUUUUAUUUUAUGUAGUAGACUAUUGACGUUGAUUUGGGUAACAAAAAAAAAAAUGGGUACAGAAGCGUCUGUUUAUCACUGAUUUUAUCAUUUUUGUUAUUAUUUUAGGCCUCUGUACAGUCCUGGCAGUGAAAUUAUUUUGUUUCAAAAUGGAGAAUCUUAAUGCAAGUAUUCUACCUCCAUGAAAUGUACAAUUUUAAUAGCAGAAAAAUUCUUACUUGCAUAUAUUUUUUCAAGCAGUAUGUUAUGAAAAUGUUAUAACUUUAGAUUAGUAUUUUUUCAUACAGUAGACACAUUUGCAUUUUAGUAUGCUUACUGUAUGUACACAGAGCAAAAAUAUAAACGCAACAUUUUAAAAGAUUUUACUGAGUUCAUUUAAGGAAAUCAUUCAAUUGAAAUAAUUGCAUUAGGCCCUAAUCUAUGGAUUUCACAUGACUGGGGAUACAGAUAUGCAUCUGUUGGCCACAGAUACUGUACUUUAAAAAAUAGGUAGUGCCAUGGACCAGAAAAAAAACAGUCAGUAUCUGGUGUGACCACCAUUUGCCUCAUGCAGCGCGACACAUCUCCUUCGCAUGGAGUUGAUCAGGCUGUUGUGGCCUGUGGAAUGUUGUUCCACUCCUCUUCAAUGGCUUGGCUGUGCGAAGUUUCUGGAUAUUGGCAGGAACUGGAACACGCUGUCGUACAUGUCAAUCCAGAGCAUCCCAAACAUGCUCAAUGGGUGACAUGUCUGGUGAGUCUGCAGGCCAUGGAAGAACUGGGACAUUUUCAGCUUCCGGGAAUUGUGUACAGAUCCUUGCGACAUGGGGCCGUGCAUUAUCAGGCUGACACAUAAGGUGAUUGCGGCAAAUUAAUGGCAUAACAAUGGGCCUCUAUCUCGUCACAGUAUGUCUGUGCAUUCAAAUUGCCAUCGAUAAAAUGUAAUUGUGUUCAUUGUCCAUAGCUUAUGCCUGCCCAUACCAUAACCGCACCGCCAUCAUGUGGCACUCUGCUCACAAUGUUGACAUCAGCAAACCGCUCACCCCCACGAUUCCAUACACGCUGUCUGCCAUCUACCCGGUACAGUUGAAACUGCGAUUCAGCCAUGAAGAGCACACUUCUCCAGUGUGCCAGUGGCUAUCGAAGGUCACCAUUUGCCAACUGAAGUCGGUUACGACGCUCUACUGCAGUCGGGUCAAGACCCUGGUGAGGAUUACGAACACACAGAUAAGCUUCACUGAGACAGUUUGUGCCAAAAUUCUUCAGUUGUGCAAACCCACAGUUUCAUCAGACGGUCCCGCAGGUGAGAAGCCGGAUGUGGAGGUCCUGGGAUGGCGUGGUUACACGUGGUCUGCGGUUGGAUAUACGGACAUAUUCUCUAAAAUGAGGUUGGAGGUGGCUUAUGGUAGACAAAAUGAACAUUCAAUUCACUAACUCUGGUGGACAUUCCUGCAGUCAGCAUGCCAAUUGACAUGUGUUGUGUGACACAACUGCAUAUUUUAAAGUGUCCCCAGCACAAGGUGCACCUGUGUAAUGACCAUGCUGUUUCAUCAGCUUCUUGAUAUGCCCCACCUGUCAGGUGGAUUAUCUUGGCAAAGGAGAAUUGCUCACUAAGAGGGAUGAAAACAAAUGUGUGCAUAAAACUUGAGCAAAAUAAGUUUUAGUGCGUAUAGCACAUUUCUGGUAUCUUUUUGUUUCAGCUCAUGAAAAUGGGACCAAUACUUAACAUAUUGCGUUGUAUAUUUUUUUGUUCAGUGUAUAUAUUUUACAUUUACAGUUAAUGCAGGUUUCUAAAGGAAGUAACAAAAUAAAAACGCAUUUUAAAGA